CACAAGGCAGUAACCUAGUCAUGCAGAGUGCAAGCAAGUGAGAAAGUAGAUAAAAGAAGAAGCAAAGUGUAAGAGUGAAAACAUGAUUGAGAUUGAGGAAGUGACCAACCAUGAGGCAUUGCCACUUCUCUCAUUGAAUCAUGUUUCAUUGUUGUGUAGAUCAGUUUGGGAUUCUGUGCGGUUCUAUGAAGAAGUUUUGGGCUUUGUUCUCAUAAAACGCCCUUCUUCUUUCAAGUUCAAUGGAGCUUGGUUGUAUAACUAUGGCAUUGGGAUACACUUAAUUGAGAAUCCAUCAAUUGAUGAUUUUGACACUAGUGUUGAACCGCGGCCAAUUAAUCCUAAGGAUAAUCACAUAUCCUUCCAGUGUACAGAUGUUGGCCUUGUCAAGAGGAGGCUGCAAGACAUGGGAAUUAAGUAUGUCACAGCUGUGGUUGAAGAUGAAGGGAACAGGGUUGAUCAGGUAUUCUUCCAUGAUCCAGAUGGGUACAUGGUUGAGCUCUGCAACUGUGAGAACAUUCCCAUCCUUCCUCUCUCUUCCUGCUCAAUCAAGCGAAGGCUAUGCAGUUUCAACAAGGCUGCACCAUCUAAAUGUGGAUUCAUGGAAAAUGCGAUGAUGGAGAGCUUGAGCAUGGAAAUGUUAAACAUUUCAUUUUGAACAGCACAAAAAAAAAAAAAGUGAACAACUUCACUUUCUUUUCUGCUGUUAUAUGCUGCAAUUGUUUUUACAGGUCUUAUAAUGAUCUAGUGUCUUGUUUUCAUGAAGAAAUUGUAUUGGUUAUAGUAUUUGAUAAGUUUGUAAGAUUGAGUUUUAAUCCUUGUGUAAUAUAUCUAUAUCCUGUAAGCCUAGAUGAGGCUUUUGAUUGUAUUGAAUUGGAAAUAUGGCCUCUUAUAUAGAUCAAAAGGAUGAAAGAAAUGGUCUGUAAAAACUGAGAGUUGCCAUAUUGUCAUAUUGUGCCUUGGCCUGGCAAGGCCAGCUGUCACUGUUAUAUGUGAAAUGUCAUAUUGCAGCAUCUGCUUCCUUUUUGUUAUAAAAAAUUUUUCAAUCUA